AUGCUGUCUCUCCCAUUCCUCACCCCACGCGACUCACAUGAACUCUGGUUCGGUUCAUCACAACCAUAUCGCUCCGUCGACUCACAGCAAUCCCACCAAGACCCCGCUACAAACCCCCGCCGCAAUGGACACAGCAACCAGAACAACAGCCGAGCUUUCAUGCCCUCUCGAUCCCCAUCAAAUGGCCUCGCCGCUUUAUUGAUAGAGGAGCGAGCCUUACGCACCCGGAAACAAAACAUUGCAUCUUUCGGAUACUCCUGGAUUAAGCCGGCUGGAUGUCCAAAAACCAUGCUGGGCAUGAAAGAGGAAGAGGCGGAGCGUGAAGAGGCGCUUGCGGCGGCGGCUAUGGAGAUGAAUGCAGAAGGCAUGAUGGAGGAUGAUAUGGGGAUGACGCAGGGUGAAGAUGAUGAGGAAGAGCAGGGGAUGGAGCGGGAUCUCGAUGAUGAUAUCCCUGAUGCGGUUGUGGAUGCAGAUGCGGACGCAGAUGUUGAGGGUUUAAUUGAAGAAGGGGAGGAAGGGCUUGAGGGCGAAGAUGUUGGGGAUGAAGAUGGAUUUAUGGAGCAGGACUUGGACGAUGAUAUUCCCGAGGGAUUUCCAGAUGAUGAUGACUACGAGGAGAGCGGCUUGUAUGACGAGGACGAAGACUUUGAUAACCAACCUGAUUUGGAUGCGGAUAUUCCUGAGGCCGUUGAACCUAUGAGUGAGGAUAUGUCUCGAGAUUUGGAUGAUGAUAUCCCUGCCGCGGCGGAGGAUGGAUCUGAACAGGAAGGUGAAUGGCAACAUACGGAUACGGAGGAAGAAUCCGACGAGGAAGAUGAGAACGAGAACGACGAAAUCACUCGGAGUCGUUUCGCUGAGAAUUUCAGAACUAGCACGCCAAAUACUCGUGGUGGAAUGCUUCCUACGCCACCGAUGCGCCGAGCGCGUGAGACUGAAGCCCAAAGCCGGUUUAUCAAUAGGUGGAGUGGGGGUGGUGAUGCCCUUGACUCGAGCAGUAUGCUUUAUGAAGAGGACGAUCUGCGUGCUUCAAUCACGAGUCAUGGUAGUCGGCGCAGUGGAUUUGCUCGGCGAUUUCCUCGCCAUGUCGGUGGUCCACGAGAUAGUCUUAAUUGA